UGACAACCUUGGACCAGCAACAACGUCAUCAGCUCAUGAAGCUACAUUAUCCGCACUCAUUAGAGUGAGGUCCUCGAAGUAUCGUGCUUGAGCAUGUCUCUCGGCGACGAUCGCCUGCGACCGAGGUGUUCGGAGAUGGAGCCGGACGAGGGGUUCACCCUCAUUUCCACAGGCCCAGAUCCACAUACAUCAGCCUUGUCGCCCUCGAGUGAGAAUAUCAAUGAGGCUGAGCGGGAAGUUGAAAGGGAAAAUACGAGACCGGCGGAUUCCCCGACGCCUCGCAUCCCUCUGGCUAUAGCGAGGAUCGGGAAUAGGGUCAAAAGGCCCGUCCUGUUGAUCCUCGUUGCGAUCUCGGAUGCACUGGUCAACGAGAUAUUCCUCUUUCUCUUCUUUCUCAACAACCCCAGCAACACUAUACCAUCAAGUUCCGGCCAUAGAAGCAUCCUCCUUCCCCUCCUCAUCUUCGGCUUCUUCAGAGCUGCUUCGAUCCUGCUCUUAUCUCUCCGGAAGAAUUGGUCGGCGAGGGGGAAAAUGUGGACGACAGUAUUGUUCACGGUGACGGGGUUGGGGGUCUUGUGGGAGGUCAAUCUCAGCGUGUUGUAUCGCGGCUGGCACGAAGAAGAGGGGGUAGGGAACGAUGGAAUGGGAAAGGGGAAGAUAAUCUAUUUGGUCUUGCAAAUGGUAUUCGCAUCACUCGAAUACAUCGCAUACGCCCUCUCCCUGCACUUUGCAACACGCGAAGGUCAUCACCUCUCCUUUACCGCCGACCAAGCGCGGAACAGACAACGCGCGACCUCGAUCAGGUUCGAGGAGAGCGACGUCUUCCUGGAUCAACCGAGAUCUUACGGGACGAGCGCAGAUGGGUUGUUGGCCCCAGGACCGGGACCGCAAUCCAGGCCGCGGGCGGAGGUAGGAGGAGUUACUCGUCGACAUCUUGAGAGCGACAACGAAGAGGACGAAGAUGAGCCCCUAGACUCGGAAACAUCCUCAGACCACCAUGGUUCCUCGAACGAAUCCGACGACGAAGCCUCUACGGACCCGGAUGAGAUCAUCGACCUUCCAAUCCCUGCUGAAGCCAGGAUCGAACGCAAGACAUCACAGAUGUCUCUACGUAGACGCCGCGCCGAGGCUAUCAGUGAGGAUACGGGACGAACGGUGAACGGUCGAGAAUUUUUAGUUGACCCCGCAGGAAGAGGCGAUGCGCCAACCGAGACGAGGGAGAUUGAGGCGAGAGAACGCGAAGGGGUCUGGGAGAGCGUCAAAUGGUUCUUGGGGUUGGGCUUAUGGGAUUGCAUAGAAAUAGACAUCGAAACAAGGAUCAGUGGUGGAUGAAAUGUCGUGUAGCCCGGAACGUGGUUGUAAUGCAAGCUAGAUGAUCAUACCCUCGACGAACGAUGACCGCCAAGCAGAGUAUAAGUACGGGC